CCACCACUGAGACAACAACCUCCGCUAGCAGCACCAGCACCACCAGCCGUACGAUGACGACGCAGACAGCGACCACGGUGCCAUUCAGCACCACCUCUGUCACAGGGACGAUGACCGAAACGAAGACCAGCCUCACCUCUUCCAUCACAACUUCCAGCUUCACAGCGACUUCGACCUCUUCAUCGACAUUCACCCAGUCCUCCGUCACCCAGACGUCCACGACGACCAGCAGUGCCACAACGAGCACCACCAGCACUGAAACGUCCUCAACGGCCACGUCUUCAACGGCCACUUCAACUACAAGGACGUUCAGCAGCACUGGAACCACUUCCCUCACCAGCAGCACAUCCACAUCGCUGAGCACCACUUCAACGAUUACGAAGACGAUCUCGAGCACAAGUUCAACCGUAACAAGCAUCACAUCAACUGCAACCACCUUCACCAGCAGUUCCACAUCAAGCACUUCAAGCAGCAGUACUACCACCACCAGCUCCACCACGACAACAUCUGUGGAUCCAAACGCCUUGGUCUUUCUUCUGGAAGAUAUGGGACCCAAGGCCACCAGCAUGCAACCAAGUUACGGACUUGCAGGGACAGUCAUCGUAAUUCAGGGGCAGGACUUUGCCAAUGAGGGUGAAGUGUUGUUGAUGGAGCCCGGGAUGGCUCCUUCCAACAGUGACAUGCAUUGCGAUGUGCUGCAAUGGACGGACGCCGAAGUCACAUGUCGUCUGCCGGAGCUCACGGCAGGUCCUUAUGAGGUCCGUGUUCGAGUUCCGUUUCUGGGAGACGCUGUCGUUCCGAUACCUUUUGUCGUUCCGCUGAGCAUUGAGAAGCAGGACUUGCAAGAGGUCAACAUGGCCGGUGGCGAGGAGCUGAACUUUUCUGGCACCGGACUAGGUGAUGCCAAGGUCUCGGUGACCCUGUGUGGCGCUCGCUGCGAGUUGCUGAAUAUCACCAAGACGGAACUUCGUUGUCGCACCACGAAGAUUCUCACCUCGGAGCUUGAAGGCCUUCCCUCAGAGGACCUAAGGCCUUUCGUCCACUUGACUGGAUCACCUCACAGGCAGGUGGAGGUGAUCCGUGCAGCAGAUGGCUCUGUGGAUGCAGAUGUGCAGCUGGACAAUGAGGGCCCCUGCCAUCUGGAUUUCGAUGCGGGCCCUGGAAGGCACUUUCAUUUGACGGACGUGGCCUACUUUGCACCUGCUCAGGUAGAGCUGCGAGAGGGUCUCGUCGGUGCCAGCUUUCAGUCAGGAGACUACCCAGUGCUGACGGAGAACUACACCGUAGAGUACAUGGAGGAGAUCAACCCCUCCGACUGCCCCAAUGACACCGACAGCAACGACUCCUUCGACAAUGACAGCAAUGGCAGCAACCGAAGCAGUUGCUUCCAGGGUUCUUCGACACAAGUGCCGAUCCUUCCAACCACCUGGAAGUCCUUCUGGACGCUGGGACGGCCAUCGCUGGGUUGGAACGCCAGACAUUUGGACACGCCCAUCCGCAGUCGACGGCUGCGACUUUAUGGAACCAGAGGCGUUUGCCAGGUCCGGGAAGUUGAGCUUCGUGGACAGAUCUUCUCGGGAAAGCGGUGUCCCAUGCAGGUCUCCCAUGGUGGCCCGGUGGCCGCCUUGGGCGUCAGCAGUGGAGCAGCACUGCAGCAGUUGGCCACGCAGAAAUUGGGCGUCACGGAGGUGGAGGAUCAGCUCUUGAUGAUGCCUGGAGGUUCCUUGGUGGUUUGGAUGCGAGUGGACACCACUGAGCAGAUAAAGUUUCACUUGGAGGCCACAGUGCCCGAAAAUGUCGAGCCCAAGACAGUGCCACUGCCUAUUUUGGCCAAGAGAAUCCAAGCAGGUCAGCUCUUCUCUACAGAGUUUUCGGCGAUGUUUCGCAUCUUCAGCGAUACACCGAGAAUGACCUGGAGAGAGCUGCCGAGUAGCAGCACCUUUGACCUGCCGCCGGGUCUCUGGGCCUUGGAAUUUUGGAAUGCGAACGGCGCAGCUUUGCAGCUGGGAGAACUUCAAAGCCUCACUGCAGGUGUCGAUUUCUUGGUUCAGACUUUGACCAUUCCAGACGUGGUGCAGCCAUCCGCCAAGAUGACGCCCAUGGUCUCGUCAAUUGAUCCUCCUGGUGGGCCUUAUAUGGGCAACAGCGACGUUUUGCUGCGAGGCAGUGGCUUUCUUUGCAACGGCACGACCACUGCUGAGGAGCUUGCAGUGAACCUCUCCGACACACCUUGCGUGGUGACCUCCGCCAGCGACACGGAGCUGCGUUGUCGCAGCGGCGCCAAGACGUCGCUGGGGGGACAGCAGGUACUGCUGAAGGCUGGCUGUGGCAACGUCUUGCUGGGGCCGGACGUCUCCUUCAUCUACACCUCGCGAUGGUCCAUCCCUUCUGAUUGGCCUCAUGGUGAACCGCCCAUUCCAACAGACGAGACGUUGAUUCCGGCAGGCAGCCAUGUGGUGUUGGACAUGCCCACAGAGAAGCUGAGUUUGCUACGAGUGGAAGGUGAGUUGGAACUGGAUUUGAUGGCGCAGGACGACCCGCGGAAGUCCGCAGCAUCAGCAGACAUUUCUCUGCAAACAGAACGGCUAUGGCUGCGUGGUGGUAGUCUCACUGCAGCGAGGAAAGAUGUUAGGUCUCUCAUAGACUCGCUGGACCCCAACAUGUCGACCAUCGACACGAACACCAACUUUUCCAUCGUCAUGGGGGACGCCAACAUCACUCAGGUAUUUUCUCGUCGAGUGGAAGCACAAGGCGUUCAUCGCUAUGGCCUGUUGGUGACCAAUCGCUUUGAACGUGAGUCUGCCUGGGCUGAUGCACAUGGAAGUUUGAUGCUUCGAAGUCCCUUUCGGCGUUCCUCCUUGCUGGUGCGCUCAGCCAUGGCCGGUAGCAAGGAGUUGUCCUUACGGAAUCCCAUCGAUGUAGAAAUCGGCGAACAUCUCCUGGUCAUGGGUGGAAGUGGAGAAAAGCCAGAAGUUCACGUUGUGGAAUCAAUUGAAGAGGACGGCUUCAAGUUGAUGUUGCAAGAGCCGCUGCUCCAUGAUCGAGAAGGAGGUAUCAGACAGCUGGAGGCCAUUCAAGAGCAGAUCUUGUACAACUUCGGCGAGGUGGACCUCAGUGCCACAGUGGCAUCUCUCGGUGGAAUGGCGCAUUUCUACGGUUCCAACUGUGACGCCUUCAUCGACUGCCUCAACUCGGAUGGAAGCUGUGGCAUCGAGGGACUGGUCUUCAGCCAUUGUGGUCAGGUGGCAUCAGGAACCGCUGGCGUUCCAUGCGUGAAUCUAAAGGCGUUGCAAGAGCCCAACCACGCUUUCGUAAAAGACUCUGUCUUCUUGGAUGCUGGUGGACCCGCCGUAGUCUUGCAGGCCCAAAGCCGCGGCCACUUAGAGUUCACCAACAACUUGGUGACUUCCCCUCGGGGCUCGGGGGUCACUGUGACCGUCAGGCAAGAUCUUCCAAAAGGCCCUGCGGUACUGCUGCGGAACAACCAAGUCGUGUCACCACGGAAGUCGGAUGUGGGAUUGCCGUGGUUCCAACAUCGAGUCGCAUUUCGAAUGGCCACUGGCGCUGCCUCAUAUCUGGAGAACUUCGCAUCCCAUGCCGAGGCCUGUUUCUACUUCGAGCCACGUGUUGACUCAGAUGACUUUCCAGGUGACAUGUCGUGGCUGCACGCCUUCCGCGGCAACGCUGUGCACGGUUGUCACAUGGCCCUGCUGAUGACCACGCUGCGCCAAGGGGACUCCAAGGUCUUUGAGGACUUCAGGGUUUUCGCCAGCGACUAUGUGGCCUUUGUGCACGCCUGCGAUCGAUGUCGUUUGGUGAACUGGAAAUGGGUGGAGUGCACCUAUGGCAUUUUGGAUCAGGACUCAGCACCUCUGCUGGAAGAUCCACCUUGGAUUGAGAACAUCACUGCGGUUGGCACUCGUGACAUGUGGGGCGCCCCUCAUGUGUCCCUGGAGCCACAGAUCAUCCUUGGUCCGCGUGAAGGUCGACACAUUCGCAACUUGACCUUCUUCCUCUUUGGCAGCAGUCCAUGCCUGCACGGAGGCUUCCGACCCGUGACCAUCAGAGCCGAGAACAUACGCUUCUUCCAGAGCGAUGUGGAGAUCUUGACACAGUCUCCGGCUGGCUAUGCCAUCUUUGCAGACCUCGACGGUUCGUUGUCUGGGACAACUGGAGGUUGGGUCACCGGAGACAAGUUCUACAAUCGCCAUGCUCGUUGUCAGAGUGUAGGAGUCCAGGCAGCGCUGAGACUCUUGUGCUCCUCUGACAUCUUCGUCAGGGCAGUGCAGAUCACAGGUGUACAACCUGCAGAUCUCAUAGGGACUGAUCUCACUGUUUGGUCCAUCUAUGGUCAUGGCUCCGUUCCCUACACAGAUGGAUGGUUCUUUUCGGUGGUAGGUGCCAAGAGCCGCGACGACUUCGUCUGGCCGGAGAGUCGCUGGGCGGAACAGGGUCCGAGACCCGUGCAAUGGCGCAGGCUGCCCUUCUGGUACACGUUGAGGGCUGACAGCGAAGUGGAUUGGCAGCAGCUGCGUAUCUCCUAUGGAGCUCCUUCCUGGAUGAUCGAAAGCGAAUGGGUUGGCUUGUACUUCCCGUAUUCAUACACUCCGGUGCGAGAAUUCCAGGCCGUUGGUAUCGGUGGGUCAUGCUUCGAGCCCUACUAUGAUUGGUUGGAUCGAGGUGGCUAUGGACUCUGGGCACCGGUGAUCUUUUCGACCGUCACAGUGACUAGCAGCACAACGGUGACAGUGACAACGACCACCAGCAGUACCAUCACAUCCACGACCAGCAGCAGCAUUUCAGGUACCACCACGACUUCGAGCAGUACUACAACCAUGACGGAUGAGAACCAAACCUUCAACGAGACAAACGAUACCAAUGAAACGAACGACACGACUGCGACCUCCACGACCACCUUCACCACCCAAACCACACACACAGUGACCAACACGUCGACCACAAGCAGCAUAUCGUCAACAACUACAGCUACCCAAACGAGAACCAUCACCACGAGCAGUACCACACGAACCACCACUUCACGGACCUCCUCCACUACGUCCACGACAUAUCACGGCACCCUGACCUCAACUUCCACGGAGACGACGAUCACCAUGACAACCACUACAACCUCCACGGCCACCACGGUACCUUCGGCUGCGCCACUGCGCACCUUGAGCGAAUUCCCACAACCCUUUUACGGUUGUGCUGCGUCGAGUUUUCAAUUCGAGAUGUGCGAGAGGCUUACUGGUUUGCCAUUUGGCCCAUGUUUGCCUGAUGGACCGGUGAUUGGUUGGACCAACUUUACAGAAAUGGUGAAUUCGAGUCUCUUCGCCAAUGGCACUCUGGCAGUGGUGUUCGGAAAUCAGCGGCUGGGCGCGUACAAAGACGCCAUGGUGGCGGAAUUGGUGAACACAGGCUGCGGCCCAUCAGGAUGUGCUUUCAUUGAGGAGGUCAGAGCUUCCAUGGGGCCACCAGGAAACUGGACCCGGCCGGACUCAUGGCCAGGUCAACAGCUACCGCGGUCCAUCGAACUUGAGGUUGUCGUUCCACCAUUUUAUCACAUUGUUUACAACAAUUUCACAGCCAUUGGAGCAGUGGGAGAUCUGAAGAUCUUUGGGAAGUUGUCCAUGUCAGAGGACGAGGGCUUGAAACUCUUGGUGAAGUCCAUCCAGGUCUUUUCAGGAGGUGUGAUGCAGGUGGGCACCUCCUUCGCUCCUCACAGGACAUCUGCCAUCAUCUCCUUCUGGGGCGUGGCAUUCGAUUCGCAGCCUGCGUACAUCUCUACGGACACAGACUGGGGCCGGAAAGUCUUUGGUUUUCACCCCAAGCUCAGCUGGAUCUUGGCCAGUCUUCACAAUGGCACGAUCCAGCUUUGGGACUAUCGGAUCGGUUCAUUGAUCGACAAAUUCGAGGAGCACGAGGGAGGUCCGGUUCGAGGAGUUUGCUUCCACCUGUCACAACCCUUGUUUGUUUCUGGUGGUGAUGACUACAAGAUCAAGGUCUGGAACUACAAGUUGAGGAGGUGUAUUUUCACCUUGCUUGGCCAUUUGGAUUACAUCCGAACGGUUGAGUUCCAUGACGAAUAUCCUUGGAUCUUGAGUGCCUCCGAUGAUCAGACCAUCCGCAUCUGGAAUUGGCAAUCCAGAAGUUGUAUUGCAGUGCUCACAGGCCACAACCAUUACGUCAUGUGUGCCCAUUUCCAUCCGAAAGAAGACCUGGUGGUGUCUGCCUCAUUGGAUCAAACGGUCCGGGUCUGGGACACCUCAGGUCUUAGGGAUAAGACUGUGGCCAUUGGAAUGGCCCCAGGGCCCAGUGGUGGCACCAACGAUGUCUUUGGCACAUCGGAUGCGGUGGUGAAAUAUGUCUUGGAAGGCCAUGACCGUGGAGUGAACUGGGCGUCUUUCCAUCCAACUCUCCCUUUGAUCGUCUCUGGUGCGGAUGAUCGCUUGAUCAAGUUGUGGAGGAUGAAUGAUACCAAGGCCUGGGAAGUGGACACCCUGCGAGGUCAUUUCAACAAUGUCUCCUGUGUCAUGUUCCACCCCAAGAAGGAGCUGAUUUUGUCCAACUCUGAAGACCGCACCAUCCGAGUCUGGGACGUCACCAAGCGGACGGGGAUCCACACCUUUCGCCGCGAGAACGAUCGUUUCUGGAUCAUCACAGCACAUAGGAGCUCCAAUUUGAUCGCAGUUGGCCACGAUGCUGGCAUGGUGGUCUUCAAGUUGGACUGCGAGAGACCUUUGGCACAAAGCUUUGGCCACAACCUCUUCAUGGUGCAGGAACGAGAGGUCCAGGUGGUUGAUUUGGACAAGGGCCUGAAGGGAGUGCAGGUCGGCUCCUGCAGGCGCGCCAGCAAUGCCAUGACUUCCGGUCUGAAAUCGUUGCAGUUCAACGCCUACAACCCCUCAGAGACCAACAUCUUGGUCUACUACACGCAGGAUGGAGGUUGCUAUGAUCUUUUCGUUGGUCCUAACAACAUCAGCAGUGACACCAGCAUUUCUCCCAAACAAGGCAAUGCACAGGCCGUGUGCUUCACAGCGCGCAAUCGAUUUGCAGUGCUGCAGCAGGGUGGUUCCAUUGGGAUCUACAACUUACAGAACGAGUUGUCCAAGAAGUUUGAUCCGCCCGUUUCGGUGGACUACAUCUUUCCAGGUGGCAACAAUCGCAUUUUGCUGAAGAGUGAAGAGAAGGUGGUGAUGUAUGACCUCACUGCCCGAAAGACCGUGGAUGAGUUGAGCAUCGCGGGUGGGGUGCGCUAUGUGGUUUGGUCCCAGAACGGUGCCUAUGUGGCCUUCAUGUCCAAGCACAAUGUGCUGUUGGCAGGGAAGAACCUGGAGUACUACCAUUCCUUCCAUGAGAACAUCAGGGUGAAGAGUGGUGCAUGGGAUGAGAAUGGUGUCUUCAUCUACUCCACAUUGAGCCAUGUGAAGUACUGCUUGCCCAAUGGAGAUAACGGCAUCAUCCAUUCCUUGGCGAAUCCGCUGUACAUUGUGCGAGUGCACAGGCAGAUUGUGUACUGCAUGGAUCGGGAGCACAAGGUUCACAAACAGCGCCUCAAUUGCUCGGAGUAUUUGUUCAAGUUGGCUCUCCACAAGAGGAACUUCAACGAUGUGAAGCUCUGGAUUACCAACGGUCGAUUGUGUGGCAAUGCUGUGAUUGGCUACCUGAAGCAGAAGGGUUUCCCUGAGGUGGCGUUGCAUUUCGUGGAGGACCAACAGACUCGCUUCAACCUGGCCUUGGAAUAUGGUCACAUCGAGGAAGCCAUGACGGCAGCACAGGAGUUGGAUGACCGUAGUUGUUGGAAUCGAUUGGGCUUGGAAGCAUUGAGGCAAGGGAAUCAACAAAUUGUGGAGAUGGUCUAUCAGAAGACCAAAAACUUUGACUCCUUGUCCUUCCUUUACCUUAUCACUGGCAACGUGAACAAGUUGAAAAAGAUGUUGAAGAUUGCUGAGAUGCGUGGUGAUGUCAUGUCAAGAUUCCACAACGCCCUGAUGUUGGGUCAUGUGGAAGAGAGGGUGAAGAUCAUGGCUGAGAUGGGGCAGGUGCCGUUGGCUGCCUUGACUGCACGUGCUCAUCAGCUGAAGGAAUACAUGGAGAAACUCGAAGAACAACUUUCCAGCAGCGACAUUUUGUCACAGAUCCCAGCCCGAACGGUGCUGUUAGUACCUCCAGUGCCAUUGUCCAGACCAGGAACUGGGGAUUCUGCCAAUUGGCCGUUGUUGAUGUCCACCAAGAAGAUCUUCGAGAAGAGCAGCUUCGAAUCGGCGGCGCCGCCCCCGAUGCCCGGCUCUGAGGCCUUCCUGGACGCCCAAGAGGCGCCCGAAGACACCGAGGGAGCGCCCGGCUGGGCCGACGAGGAGAACGAAUUGGAUCUGGGCGGUGACAUGGGUGGUGGCGACUGGGGUGGUGAUCUGGACUUGGGUGAUUUGGGAGGUCUGCCCGAAGAACCAGUUCAUGUGGAAGAUCGUGGUUUGAACCUGACCUUGGGUGACAGUUGCCAAACGAAAUGGCUGAAAAAGCGACGUUUGCCCUGUGAUUUGGUGGCUGCUGGAGAUUUCGAAGAAGCCUUGAACUUGUUGAAGCGACGUCUAGGAUUGAUCAAUGCAGAACCCUUGGAGGCCAUCUUCAAAGAGGCCUAUUGGGCCACCUGUAGCGCUCUACCGGCCUUGCCGCAGAUGCCUUCGCUUCACUGGCCGCUGCUCAGUGAGGGAAGCGCCAAAGCGCGGGACUUGGCUCCGAAGAUUCUCUUCACUCCGCAGGUGAUCUUGGAUCGUGCCAGAGAAGCUCUGAGGAUGGUGACCACCGGCAAGUUCAACGACGCCUUGAACGCCUUCCGCAGCGUCCUACAGGCGAUCCCCAUCUCCGUGGCCAACGAUGCCAAUGAGGAACGACAACUCACCGAGAUGAUCGACACCUGCAGGGAGUAUGUGAAUUUCACACGACUUCAGGUGGCUAGCAAGAAGCUCACGCCUGACACGCCUGAAAAGGUGGCACAGAUCAUUGAGCUCAACAGUUAUUUGACGUGUUGCAAAUUGCAGCCCUACCAUCAGUUCUUAGCUCUGAGAGGUGCCAUGGGUGCUUGCUUCAAGGCUGAGAACUUUGUGACGGCCGCAUCUUUUGCCAAAAGGAUGGCCCAGGGCAAUUUCGGACCACCCGAAAAGACCAAAGAUGAUGUGCAGAAAGCUAGACAAGUGCUGCAGGUCUGUGAGCAGAAAGGCACAGAUAAGCACAAGAUCAGAUUUGAUUUCAAGGCAGCAGUGGAGGACAUCAAAAUUUGCAGUGGCUCUUUGCAACAGAUUUCUGCACAAGAGACACCCAUCUAUUGCCCCUACUGCAGCUCUUCGUAUUUGCCUUCCUUCAAGGGUAAGCUUUGCGAGGUUUGUGGACUCUCAGAGAUUGGUGCCAAUACUCUUGGCAUCCAGUUGAGACCCAUCUAA